AUGAGGACUCAACUGGGACGGAAUCUAUGCUCGUAUAGCCCUCUUAAAUACUCCCCUCAGCCACUUUCGCGCCACCUCCAGCUACGGUCAUCUGUCCUUUCUUCCAGCUUACUGAGACUACCCCUUACAAACUCACGAGGAACCCCUGCAUAUGCCAGGAGCAUCACCUCUGCGAGAUAUCUCACUGGUUCAAGGAACCUCAUUCAUUCAAUUGCCAUCAAACGGACAUUAUACAGCAAAGGCGGCUCAAAUCCAAGUAGCAGACUUCCCCUCGAGGCCAACUCGCUUUACUCAGUUGCUGUAGCUGUAGCAGUCAUUACGGCUGUUGUUGCUAUAUCAGCUUGGCCUGCAGGAAGCCCCAGCAACCAGCCCCCACCAGAAGAGUUCGAGAUCAUGUCUUUCCAAUUACCCCCUGGGCGCCCGGGGAACCUGACUCCCGAGCAGGAGGAGAAGCUUCGCAAGCUAUGGGCUGCUGUCUUUCAACUCACUGGCGUGGCCGAUGAGGAGAGCUCUGGUGCCAACCUCUUGCCCCAAAAAGAGGAGGCGAGUCCAGCAGAGGCUGAUCCUAAGAAGAAGCGAGGAUUCGGCAUGUUCAAGAAAGGCAAAUCCGGUACUUCGACACCAACUGAAGCUUCCGCUGAAGAGGACAAGUACAAUGAAACCAAACAAUUCCAUGAGACUUUGGCCAACGAGUCCCCUGAAACAAUCCGACACACGAUAUGGUCUAUGGUGAAGCACGAUCACCCUGAUGCCCUUGUUCUGCGCUUUCUCAGAGCACGAAAGUGGGAUGUCGAGAAGGCUCUCGUCAUGUUGGUGUCCACUAUGCAUUGGAGGCAUAAUGACAUGAAGGUAGACUCCGAUAUCAUGAAGAACGGAGAUGCCUUUGCGGUUGAGGAUGAGAAGGCCGAUUCUCCGACCACGCAAGUUAGCGCCGACAUGAUGAAGCAACUCCGAAUGGGCAAGAGUUUUUUGCACGGCACUGAUAAGCAAGGCCGACCUAUCUGUGUCGUCAGGGUUCGCUUGCACAAGGCUGGGCAAGAAUGCGAAGAAAGUCUGGAAAAGUACACAGUCUACAUUAUCGAGACAGCGCGCAUGACCCUUCAACCCCCUGUUGAUACAGCUUGCAUUGUUUUCGACAUGACUGGCUUCUCUAUGGCCAACAUGGACUACACACCUGUUAAAUUUAUGAUUAAGUGCUUCGAGGCCAACUAUCCCGAGUCUUUAGGUGCCGUCCUUGUGCACAAAGCUCCCUGGCUUUUCCAAGGUAUUUGGAAGGUCAUUCGUGGCUGGCUUGACCCUGUGGUGGCAGCCAAGGUUCACUUCACUAACAACCGGGCUGAACUCGAGGAGUUCAUCACUCCGGACCAUCUGAUCAAGGAGCUUGAAGGCGAUGAGAACUGGGAGUACAAGUACAUCGAGCCUAUUGCUGGCGAAAAUGACAAGAUGAAGGAUACGCAAACCCGGGAUCGUCUUUUGACUGACCGUGAAGAGUUGGUCAAGAAAUUCGAGCAUACAACUAGGGAAUGGAUCCGUCAUCCUGAUGGUGAGCAGGGCAAACAACUCAAGGUUGAGCGAGAAAAGAUUGCGAAACUUCUCAAGGAGGACUACUGGAAUCUUGACCCAUAUAUCCGAGCACGAACACUCUACGACAGACAGGGUGCGAUACAGAGCGAUGGCAAGACUGACUGGUACUCGCUCAAGCCACUGGCUGCUGCGGGAACCAGCACUUCUGCUAAUGACUUAGACUAG